AUGAUCAGUGAGUUCGUAGAAAAGGACCACAGAGACUGGGACGAACAUCUCCCCGCCCUGCAGUUUGCGUACAACACCGCGGUACACGGCGCAACAGGAUACACACCGGCAUAUCUGAACCAUGGGCGAGAGUUAACGCCACCGCACCACACCGCACCCGCAACAACGGGCUCUCCACCGGACACAAUCCGACGGAGACUGGACGAGGCAUACAAGAUAGUGCGCAUCCAACUCGCACGGGCCUUCCAAAGACAGGAAAAAUACUAUAACCUCCGCCGACGAGAGUGGAAGCCAAAAAUCGGCGAAUGGGUGUGGAAGAAGGACCACUCGUUAUCAAAAAAGGCCGACAAAUUUAAUGCAAAACUUGCGCCAAAAUAUAUCGGGCCGCUCGAAGUACGAAAAAUAGUCUCCCAGUAA